GAAAAAUCAUUCCUCCCAAUUCUCUUUCUCUCUCUUCAUUUUUUUCUUCACUUCAUUUCAUCCGUCCCUUCAUCAAUCAAGGAAAUCAAGAUUUUUUAAACACACCAAAGACUGAAGAUAAAGAUAUACAAUAUAUACAUAUAAAAGCCAGGAACAUCAACAUGCACCGUAGUACAUUCAUUGCCAUGCUAGUAUGCUGCCUUGGAAUCUUGUCCAUGGUCACAGCUCAAGCACAGUGUGGAAGCCAAGCUGGCGGUCUCUCUUGCACACCCACCGAUUGUUGUUCUGUCAACGGCUAUUGCGGAACUGGAGAGAUGUAUUGUGGAGCAGGAUGUCAAUCAGGAUUUGGAGCUCCUUGUGGAGGUGUUCAGAGUCCCACAGGAGGCGUUACUUCAGAUGUACCAUCACCCACAGAAGUCACUCCUACUGCUCCCAUCACAUCCGACCAGACCACUGUCACCACCUCGGUUGCGUUCCCCACAACAACAGCUGAUUCUACCACCACAAUUGCUGUUACAACUAGCCAACCAUCAGCCUCUAGUUCUCCUGGCGCCUAUACGAGCUCUCGUGCCACAUUCCAGCUCCAACCUACAGGAAAGCCAAGUGGCGCUACCGCAUCUCAGGACAAGGGCGUCGAGUCGAGAAUGGCGUUGGUGAUCGUCUUUGUUGCUGGUUUAUUCAUGAUUUAGAAGUUUUAUUUUAUUUUAUUCGUUGCAUAUCCUCCUUUCCCCCCCCCCCUUUUUUUUUU